AAAAUAUUCGAGCACGCCAAGAUAUUUGUGAUCCAUGCGAGAAGUAUUUCGUGAAUAUCUCAAACUCUUGACUACUCUCGGAAUAAUUCCACUCCUCAAAUUCUUCAGCGCUUCAAUGGCGGACUUGGCGGCGGGAACGGCCGGGGAAACGUCGUCGUUAACUUUCUCCUGUUUGUCCUCCACGUAACCGCAGCCACGUUAACGAUAAGUUUACCGGUGCGACACUGUCUUGAGUAGGAAUAGGAACGAAUAUGGUCUAUGAUUCUUGAAUGGUGGCCGCGGAAGACAACAGUCAGAACGCAGUAGUAGCUUGAUCUCCCAAGGGAUCGCAGAAUCCUAAGGACUCUUUAUUAAGUCGAAUUGGAGUCGCUCCUCAGGAGAUUUCUAUCUUCAGAGAGCGUAUUUAGAGAAGACCGGUAUCCAUGCCUGUCGGAUCAUCUUCUUCUCCGAGAUCGAUGCAGAACUGGCGCUGCACACUAUAAAAUUUUGGAAAGAAAUGACCGAUGAUGGCAGUGAUAUGGUCGCGGAUGGUGACCGGACGUUUCAGCGGUCACUAAAUUGAACUCGAAGUCUAAGUCGUCCAUCUUCAUCUUCAUCAGCGCAUUACCGAGAAACCAAAGAGCGAAGGGUGACUGUGAAUCAGACAGGGGAGAGUCAAUUUAUAAAGAUCCCGGUUGGGAAAAGGUACCCCGACCGGGGAAGACCAGAAUCUCAAUCGCAAAGGAAUCGGACGAGUUAGGUUUUGCCACGUCAUUAGAUCGCUUUUAUAUUUCUAGUCUAUAUUUUUCCCUUGAAAAAAAAAAAAAAAAUUAUCCUGGUUCUGGGAACAUUUAUAAGGCGCCUGUCAAGCAGCCUUCUCUUCGUUCCAUCGCUCGGUCACUCUCAUCGAAACCCUGAUUUAGAGAACGUCGUUAAUUGUUCUUCUGACCAUCUCUGCCGUACCUAGGGUUCUUGUCAAGCUCUAAUCAUGGAUCAUUAUUAUCAGUAUCAUCAAUGGCGACCUAGAGAAGCCCAACCGAACAUAUGCCCUGUUUGCACUAUGUUGCACUUCCCGUUUUGCUCUCCGCAAGCGCCCUACAAUCAGGAGAACCCUAAUUUCCCACCUCAGGCCCAUUACCCUCGACCCGGGUUCUCCCCCUAUCCGGCACCGCCGAGAGCGCACCACUUCCACCGCCCCUAUGCGGGUGCAGCUAACUCUACUGAUGCUGGCUUCUAUUAUCCGAGACCAUGGCAGCAGUCCGUGAACGAUUCAUACGGUAGUGCUGAUGGUUAUAAAGGCGAGGUGGAUAGGAGUUAUAAAAGGCCUAGGGUUGAUGAGAUCGGUUCUCAUUCUGCUUCAGGCUCCUUUGCUGACGAGGGUUAUCAACAACCUGUGACGAUCUCGUUGGAGGAUGAGCGGAGACUGAAGCUGAUCCGUGAUCACGGUGGUGCUGGUUUAGAAGGAGUAGCAGUGCCGCCUAGGAAUCCGGAGAUGUACAACUUUGAAGACGCCGCGAGCGUUGCCUCUGUUAACAGGAAAAGGCCGUUUUCAGAACAAGGACAAAACUAUGUACUGAAUAAUGACGGAAAUGGAUUCCAUAAUGCAAACAAUAAUAAGGUGGAUCAACAGGGAAAUCUAACUCAGCGUUUGGCUUAUUCUACUACUGAUAGUUACUAUACUCAUAAUUCACAGCAGAUUCAGCCAAACGAUUCAAUGCCCGGGAAUAAUUGGCAAGCCUCUUAUGAUAAGGAGAUGAGUUUUAGCGUUGCGAUGGGGAAUAAUCAGAUUAGACCACCGCAACCAUAUACAAUAGAAAAUUCUAAUUAUGCAUCCCCAGAGGAAGUUACUGUUCCUGGAGCCGCUUUUCGGACGGUGAAUACGAAUGCACGAGGGGGGUACUUAACGAUGGCCAGCGGUCAGCCUCCGCUUCCUGCUUCUCCACCGCCGCCGAUUCCUUUGGAUCCGCCAAUCCAGCAGUUUACGGCUCGCUCAUCGCCGCCAAACAAGACCUUUACUUUGUUUCCUGUUCCUGUGAACUCCUCUGCUAUGGGUAAUUCAUCUUAUCCAACAGUUGCUGAAGCUCAUUCCUCGUCACAGCCUUAUUAUCAUCACACACCACUUCCGCAUUCAUCUACUGCGUUUAAUACGGAGGCAUCGUCUAUGCAAUAUGGAGUUGAUGGUAAAGCUUUCCAGAUGAAACAGAUAUCUUCAGAUAUGCCUAAAGUAAUUGAUGCUUCUCAAUUGUUCAAGCCACCUCAUCGGGCCUCCCGUCCUGAUCAUUUUGUGAUAAUAUUACGAGGCUUACCAGGUAGUGGGAAGAGCUAUUUAGCAAAGAUGUUGCGCGACAUUGAGGUUGAAAACGGGGGUGAUACUCCGCGAAUUCAUUCUAUGGAUGAUUAUUUCAUGACUGAAGUUGAAAAGAUUGAGGAGAAUGAUGCAUCAAAAUUAUCAAGUUCAGUUUGGAGCACGAAACCUGUGAUAAAGAAGGUGAUGGAAUAUUGUUAUGAACCUGAAAUGGAGGAGGCUUAUCGAACAAGCAUGCUGAAAGCUUUUAAGAGGACUCUUGAGGAGGGGAUUUUCACUUUCGUAAUCGUGGAUGACCGCAAUCUGCGGGUAGCUGAUUUUGCUCAGUUUUGGGCAACCGCAAAGCGAUCAGGCUAUGAAGUUUACAUAUUAGAGGCUACAUAUAGGGAUCCAGUGGGUUGUGCAGCUAGGAAUGUGCAUGGUUUUACACUAGAUGAAAUACAAAAGAUGGCGGGACAGUGGGAGGAAGCUCCAUCAUUAUAUAUGCAACUAGAAAUCAAGUCAUUGUUUCAUGGGGAUGACCUGAAGGAAAGUGGAAUUCAAGAGGUAGACAUGGAUAUGGAAGAUGAUUCUGGACUGCCAGAGCAAAAGCCCGAGAGGAGCAUAGUACAUCCUGCUUUGAACAAUGGACCCGAAGAUUCUUCAAAUGAUGGAAAGAGAUGGGAUGCAGAAGGGAGCCGUCCAACAGAAGUGAAAGAGUUAAGCAGGAGCAAAUGGUCAAAUGAUCUAGAGGAAGAUGACAGAGAAUUUUCUGAUGGUGUAAGGGGUAAUCUAAAUGCCCUCUCUGGGUUGAUCAAAGCGUAUGGGAAGGGAGGAAAAUCUGUUCGGUGGGGUGAUCAGGGUGCUAAUACUGGAUUUUUUAUUGGCGCUGCCAAGAAGGCAAAUGUGUUCUCUUUAGUAAUUGGACCUGGUGCCGGUUACAACUCGAAGUCUAACCCAUUGCAUGAAGAGGAGAGCUCAACAUCAACUAAUAGCAUUGGGAAGUCCAACAAGCGAAGUAUCUUCCAGGAGCAACUGCGAGCAGAGCGAGAAUCCUUCAAGGUUGUUUUUGAUAGGAGAAAACAGAGAAUUGGUGGGCUUGAUCUGGACGAUGAGUAAUUUUUAGUCUUAUAAUUAGCAGUUUUGGAUAUCUUUUGUAUCGUUCUUUCCAGCUUUCAAUAAGCUGUUGUUGUAAUUGUGUAGAGAAGAAAAAGUGGCCUUCUUCGAUUUUGUAGUCUGGACAAUCUUUUGCAGAUUUUGAGGAAUGCAAGACCAAAUCUCAAUUUCUGUUGAGGUUCAUGUCAGUCUUUAGAUUUGGGAUGAACAUAUCUCUAGAUUUUCUUGUACUUAAAAAAGAGUGUUUUGUAAUAAUCACCUUAGCAACAGCUUGCAACCCUCUCCA